AUGAGUUUCGACGACAGAAAAGUGUUCCAAUAUGGCAGCCAGGCGUGAAUGUGCAUCCCGCCCUCAUCUGCCCCCCCAACCUCGCCUAUCAAAAUCCGCUAAACCGCAGUCUUCCGGGUCGCUGAAGAACGUCGCACCUCGCUCCUCUGCGCGCGCUAGUCAGCAGCCGAGGAGCAAUGGUGCUCGGAGCGCGCGGACACGUCGGUGUUUCGGGAAUCUCGGAGGAGCAGAUGAAAUGCCGGGGAACAUGAGCAAAGAGGAUGCCCCGAGCCGGAGCGCGUCUUUGACCUUCACCAUUGACAACAUCCUCAACCUGAAGCAGCGGGAUAGGGGCCACCUGGACGGGGCCAAGCCGCAGAGGGACGGGGGACGGACGGAGGGUUUCCAGACGUGGGACGUCCGGAGGAGGCAUGCCAGCGGAUCACACGAUACAGCGCAAACAAAGCCCAGACUGCACCUAGCGGACUGCGGGGCGAGAAGCCCGCCGCCGAGCGCUGGCUCCGGUCCCGGGGAGCAGAGGGCGCACACCGCCGAGGACGCCUCCGAGGAGCAGCAGCAGCAGCCCAGCGCGGACUCUAAAGCCAUGGCCAAGAAGAAAACGCGCACCAUCUUCUCAAAGAGACAGAUAUUCCAGCUUGAGGCCACUUUUGACAUGAAGCGGUAUCUGAGCAGCUCAGAGAGAGCGUGCCUCGCCAGCUCCCUGCAGCUCACCGAGACCCAGGUCAAGAUCUGGUUUCAGAACCGCCGCAACAAGCUGAAGAGACAGCUGUCCACGGACAUGGAGGGCCCGCUGGCCGCCGAGCACCUCUCAGAGUCGGGCAAAAAUGUGCAAUUACCGACUUUUUACAAAGACGGCAGCCUGCUGGGCGGAUGUUUGAUACCCAUGCCUUUCCCUGUCGUGUACCCGACUGCCACCGCUGCGCCUUACAUCUACUUCUCCAACACCGGGAAGUACUUGGGCCUGUUCGAUGCAGACUGAGGGUUACAGUGUGUGGACAGUCGGACAGUUGGACCGUCUCCCUGUUGGGGACUUCAGAAAAACCUCCCAACUUUGAUGUCAACAUAUCAACUAAUCCACGCAUGUGCCACUUUUUCAACUUCCCCAAAUUAUUAUUAUUAUUAUUAUUAUUAUUAUUAUUAUUUUUCCAAUGCUUAAUAUCUUUUGAAAAGGAAGAUUAUCGUCAGAAA